GGUUGCACUGGGUGGGCGUGGGGGUCUAGGGCGCUUUGGUGCCUCCGCAGAAAGGACCCUAGGACCCCGCUGCCAUGUUUCCGGAGCCCUCAACCCCCGGGCUUCCAACGCCGGAUACGCCUCCGGACUCGAGUCGCCUCAACCACGGCCCUGUGCCCCCCUGGGCCCUGGCCACAAUCGUGCUGGUCUCAGUCCUCCUCGUCUUCAGCUGCUGUUUUUGUCUGUACCGGAAGCGUUGUCGGAGGCGGAUGGGCAAGAAAACCCAGGCCCAAGCCCAGGUCCACCUUCAGGAAGUGAAGGAGCUGGGCCGGAGUUACAUCGACAAGGUGCAACCGGAAGUGGAAGAGCUGGAGCCGACCCUGUCGGGGCCCGGGCAGCAGCAGGUGGCAGAGAAGCACGAGCUAGGAAGACUGCAGUACUCGCUGGAUUAUGAUUUCCAGACUGGCCAGCUGCUGGUGGGCGUCCUGCAAGCUGAGGGUUUGGCUGCCUUGGAUCUGGGUGGCUCUUCAGACCCGUAUGUGCGGGUUUACCUGCUGCCCGACAAGCGGAGGCGGCACGAGACCAAGGUGCAUCGGCAGACACUGAACCCGCACUUUGAGGAGACCUUUGCCUUCAAGGUGCCCUACGUGGAGCUGGGAGGCAGGGUACUGGUCAUGGCGGUGUACGACUUCGACCGCUUCUCCCGCAACGAUGCCAUCGGGGAGGUCCGGAUCCCCAUGAGCUCCGUGGACCUGGGGAGACCAGUGCUGGCCUGGCGGGAGCUACAGGCUGCUCCGCGGGAGGAGCAGGAGAAACUAGGGGACAUCUGCUUCUCCCUCCGCUAUGUCCCCACUGCUGGAAAACUCACCGUCAUCGUCCUGGAGGCUAAAAACCUGAAGAAGAUGGACGUAGGAGGGCUGUCAGAUCCCUAUGUCAAGGUCCACCUGCUGCAGGGAGGCAAAAAGGUGCGGAAAAAGAAAACGACCAUCAAGAAGAACACCCUGAAUCCCUAUUACAACGAGGCCUUCAGCUUCGAGGUGCCCUGUGACCAGGUCCAGAAGGUGCAGGUGGAGCUGACCGUGCUGGACUACGACAAGCUUGGCAAGAACGAGGCCAUCGGGAGGGUGGCUGUAGGGGCAGCGGUCGGCGGGGCUGGCCUCCGGCACUGGGCAGACAUGCUGGCCAACCCGCGGCGGCCCAUUGCCCAGUGGCACUCGCUGCGGCCCCCUGACCGAGUGAGGCCACUGCCUGUGCCCUGAUCCCACCCUAAAGCCCCUGACCCCAGACUUCUGGCCAAAGCCCUGCCCAGGCCCACCUUUAAGCGUUCUCUGAGCACGAACCCCCACCCUUACCCCUCCACCGAAGCCAUUGGGCCCAUUCCUGCCUCCUCACCCCAUUAUACCGAUCAUGAUAACUUGCCAAAUUCCCCACCACACAUACCCAGAAGCCCCAGGGCCCCUGGAGGAGCAGAGCAGUUUGGCCUUCCCCCAACCCACCCACGGUCCCACCCUCUGCUUUGACAAUCAGUAAUCCCCUCAGACUGUCCCCUUUGCCCUACACAGGAUCACAACCCUGUCCCCAGUCUCAUUCCAGUGGCUCCUGGGGGCAAAUAAAUACUCAGCAACUUUG